AUGGCGACCGCAACGGGACAUUUUCGUCACCAAGAUUACACGGUCGCAUGGAUCUGUGCCCUUCCCCUGGAGAUGGCCGCAGCUGCGGCCAUGCUGGACCAGAGACAUCGUGAUCUACCGGCGAGGCCCCAAGAUAAUAAUACAUACAUCCUUGGCCAGAUUUAUGGACAUAACGUGGCUAUCGCAUGCCUUCCAUCGGGGAUUUACGGCACAACCUCUGCCACGGCAGUGGCUACACAAAUGCAAUCCACUUUCGAAUCGAUACGCUUCUUCAUGAUGGUAGGUAUUGGAGGAGGGGUUCCAAGCGGAAAGGUUGAUAUCCGGCUAGGUGAUGUGGUGGUUAGCAAGCCGACAAGAGACUCGGGAGGGGUCAUACAGUACGAUUAUGGGAAAACAGUAGCUGGUGGCCGCUUUGAACGCACUGGCAUGUUGAAUAAGCCACCACCAGUUCUUUUAACAGCGAUUGCGAAACUACAAGCAGAGCAUGGACUGGAGGGAAGCAGAAUCCCUGCUCUUCUUUCCGACGCGGUAGCUAGGAACCUCAGAAUGCGAGAGAAGUUCGCAUAUCGCGGUGAAGAUCAGGAUUUGUUGUUUGACUCCGAAUACGACCAUCCUGAAUCAGGGAGUACUUGUGAAGACUGCGAUAUACGGAGGCUCGUAACACGACCUGCUCGAGCUAGCCAUGAUCCGGUUAUCCAUUACGGUCUGAUUGCCUCUGGCAACCAAGUAAUAAAGCAUGGCCGCAGCAGGGAUAGCCUGGCCCAGCCUCUUGACAUCCUUUGCUUUGAAAUGGAGGCGGCUGGCUUGAUGGACAACUUCCCAUGCCUCGUGAUUCGAGGGAUCUGCGACUAUUCCGACUCGCAUAAAAACAAGCAGUGGCAAGACUAUGCAGCAGCAACGGCUGCUGCAUGUGGCAAAGAGCUUCUCUCCAUGGUACAUGCAAGCCAUGUGGUGGACACUCUGCCAGCAGGAUCAAAUGUCGAUGUGUCCUACUACAGAAGAAAGCCACCAUUUGAGAGGAAAUUUCCCAACAGUGAAAUAAUUCAAAUUGAUGAUCAGGACAUUACGAACUUAUUCGAGCGGAUUUCAAGUUACGAUCACGAGGAAGUCCAUCGAAGACUGAGUAAAAAAAGACUCAUCGGCACCACUCAAUGGUUUCUUGAUCACCCAGACUUUAAGGCGUGGCUGACUGAGAAGACAAUUUCCAGUUUGUGGUGCUCGGGAAAGAUUGGCUCGGGUAAAACGAUGAUAGCCACUGCAGCGAUAGAGGCAGCAAAGUACGAGCUUGGUGCUCCCACCGUCUUUUUUUAUUGCGAGGAUGAUCGCCAAACAGCUCCCGAAGCGUCGAAUAUUAUAUCUAGUUUCAUCAAACAACUUUGCCAGAACUUGCAUCGGACGUCCAGAACUUACCCAGAGGAUGUCGAAAGACAUAUUAAAAAGUUUUUUGGACACAAAAGGGUCAAGGCAGACCUUGAAGACCUAAAGCAUAUCUUUACCCGCCUUUUACACCACGACUCGGAUACGGUUUAUGUCCUUGAUGGUGUUGAUGCUCUGGAUCGGAAACAUGCCAAAUCUCUUUUGGAGUUCUUCAGACCGCUAUUCAUUGACUCCGGGCCACAGCAAAGACCGCGGAUUUUGCUGCUAAGCAGGGACCAAGUUCAAGGAUACAUAAACAUCAAGACAUUUAUACCCGGAAUUCGUCAGAUAUCGACAUCAGCCAAUGUCAUGCAGGAUAUCGCAACUUACAUCCAAUCAAGCAUCACCGAUAAGAAUAGGUACCGACAGCUUACAGAUGAUCCUCUGCUGAUUGAAGAGAUUCCGCGGAGACUUCUGGCAGAGUCGUCGGGAAUGUUUUUAUGGGUAUUCCUCCAGCUAGAGAUGCUCUGGGACACAUGCUUCGCGCCUGAAGAAAUACGGGCCGCAUUGGAUAAGCUACCAAAGGGACUGAAUGGCACAUAUAGCCGUUGCAUUGAGAGACUCAAUCGCAAGGACAAUCGUGUACUUAAAGUACUCAAAUGGGUUAGCUUUGCGAGCAGUCCGCUCCAUAUCGAAGAAUUACGAGAGGCCAUCGCCUUUGACCUAGGAGACACCGUGUGGAAUGCUGGAAAAAUCCCUAUGAAGGAAUUUGCUAUCGGCUGCUGUGCAAAUUUGGUUGUCGUGGAUUCCACUGACAGCCGUGUGCGUUUUGCACAUCCCUCGGUAAAACAAUAUCUAGAGGAAUGUCGUAAAAAGGACAUUAUCCAAGGUUAUCCAACCACAGCGAAUGGUGUUCUAGAGUGCGGAGAGUUCUGUGUUGCUUAUCUUUCUUUCUCGGAUUUUAGUCUUCAGGUCAGCACGCGAAGGAAUCAAAAAACCGCGGUUGCUGUUCCGUCCCCCAUUUUAAUCGCACCUCUUCCUGGAUUUCUUACCAGAAACUUCUUGCAAAGGUCACAAAAACAAAAGUGUUCCGCAUCCGUGCUAUUCCGUGACAUACACACAGCAUCAACGCCAGAUCGAACACAAUACAAAUUUCUCGAUUACGCUGUCGCAAACUGGGCCUUGCAAACAACGCAAAUACCUCGUACAUCAUUGGUGUGGGAUAAUUUCGAACGGCUCGCAAUGUGUUCCAAUAAAACCUGGAAUUUUCAUCCUUGGGUUCCUGGGGGCCGCUCGGCAUCCUCCCAUGUCCACGGUCUCCUGGGAUGGGCGGUGACAGAGCAACAUGAACCUCUUCUGUCGAUUGUGCAAGCUGCAGGACGCGACUUACAACUUGUUUGUAAUCUUCCGCUUCUCGGUGAAAGCCUCCCUGCGCUUCAUGUCGCGGCAAAAUUCGGAUAUAAAGCGAUCAUUGAGAUUCUUCUGGGGUUCUGCGAAGUAAAUUCGCCAGACCUAGAGGAAUAUACUGCAUUGCAUCAUGCAGCGAGCAGGGGUCAUAGUGAAAUUUGCCAACUACUUUCGAACGCAAAGAAUAUAAAAUUGAACGGCCUAUCAAAAUCCAAAUGCACACCACUCUGGUUGGCUGCGAGUCAUGGACAUGAGGAGGUCGUUUCUCUCCUUAUGGAGAAGCAAGCAGAUCUUGAGACCAAGGAUGCCUCUCUCCACCAGACACCUCUCUCACGGGCUGCUCUCAGUGGGCACAAUGCAGUAGUGGAGCUUCUACUUGAGAAAGGAGCUGAGCUAGAGUCACAAGACGCGAGGGGUCGAACACCUCUGUCGUGUGCCGUAGAAGGGUGCCAUGAAACUACAAUUGAAUUGCUACUUGAGAGCGGCGCCAACGUGAUCACUCAAGACCUCAAUCAUAGAGGUUUACUACUAUGGGCGGCAAAGAAAGGGUAUGAGGUGGUCGUCAGAUUACUUUGCAGAAACACUACGGGUCUCAGCGUUAUCAAUGAGGCCGGCCGAGAAUUACUCCCACUGGCUGCCGAAUAUGGCCAUGGAGCAGUGGUGAAAGUGCUGGUUGAGAAUGGUGCUGAUCUUGAAGCUAAGGAUGAGGAAUGGGGCCAGACACCACUCUUGUGGGCUGCCAAAAACGGUCGUGAAGGAGUGGUGAAAGUGCUGGUUGAGAAUGGUGCUGAUCUUGAAGCUAAGGAUAAGGAAUGGGGUCAAACACCACUGUCAUGGGCUGCCAGAAACGGCCAAGAAGCAGUGAUGAAAGUAUUGCUUAAUAGUGGUGCUGAUAUUGAAGCUAAGGAUAAGCAUUGUGGCCAGACACCACUCUUAUGGGCUGCCCGGGAUGGCCAUGAAGCAGUGGUGAAAGUGCUGAUUGAGAAUGGUGCUGAUCUUGAAGCUGAGGAUGAGGUAUGGGGUCGAACACCACUAUCAUGGGCUGCCGGGAAUGGCUAUGAGGUAGUGGUAAAUGUGCUGCUUAAGAACGGUGCUGAUUAUGAAGCUAAGAGCAAGCAUUGGGGUCGAACACCACUCUCAUGGGCUGCCGAGAAUGGCCAUGAAGCUGUGUUGAAAGUGCUGCUUGGGAGUGGUGCUAAUCUUGAAGCUAAGGAUAACCAGUGGGGUCAGACACCACUCUUAUGGGCUGCCAAGAAUGGCUAUGAGGCAGUGGUGAAAGUGCUGCUUGAGAGUGGUGCUAAUCUCGAAGCUAACUGUGAGCGAUGGGGCCGAACACCACUGUCAUGGGCUGCAGAGAAAGGGCAUGAGGCAGUGGUGAAAGUGCUGCUUGAGAAUGGUGCUGAUCUUAAAGCUGGGGAUGGGGGAUGGGGUCAGACACCACUCUCUUGGGCUAUUGAGAAUGGCCAUAAGGCAGUGGCGAAAGUGCUGCUUGAGAAUGGUGCUACUAUAGGCUCAGCAUAA